AUGUCUCCCACUGGGACCCAGGAUAUGCGUUACCAGUCCAUCGCCGUUCAUGAUAUACGGCAAGUCGAUCAGUUUGCAGCGCACCUCCGCUGGGAACAAGCAAGGACGCACAAAGCGCCCAUCGUGCGUCAUCUGUUCAUUUCCGCCCCGAAUUGGGGCGAGGUCGACCUCGCGUCGUGGGCGGAGGACGAGCGCGUGCCCAGAGUGCGAGGGGCAUUGGUCUCCCUACAGCAUCAGUGGUCGACCAGACUAAUGGCCGCUACAGGUGAUCUGCUGCAGAUGGUGGCGCCAACGCUGCAAACUCUGUUCCUCCACGGCAACACGUUGAACAUAGCAGCGCCCGGUCGCGUCGAAUUCCCCAUCCUUACAACCCUCUCGAUUUCGCGCGAUCCAUUCUGGGACUCCACCGAUCCCAUCCUUCCCGCCCUACGCCGACUGCAUAUCACGACAUUCAACGGCGAUACGCGACCCUUCUGGGACCGUCUUGCGAUACUCGUUCCUGCAAACAGCUUGACUCAUCUCCGCCUCUCUGGCGUUGAGGCGCGUGACGUGGAAGACCUGGAGAUGGUCCAUGGUCAAAGUCUGAAGCUUGAAGUCUCAUACAGUCAUGAUACCGUCGAAAUGCUUGCGGGCUUUACAAUCACGACUCGGGAAUAUUGGGAUGACGCAUUGCUCUACUUAACGUUCAAUAUCAUCGCAUGCUACCAUGUAUAA